CACGUGACACAGUCGGAGUCAGACAUGGCGUGCUCCCGGAGAGAGCUGGUUUGUUUACGCUCCGGGAUGUGGAGCCUCUUAUUUUACUGUGUGUACUUCCAUUUAAAGCUGGUUCUGACUGAAGACGUACAGAGCUGCGAAGACCUAAGACUCGGACAGUAUCUGUGUAACGAUCCAAAGAUUGAUGAAGCCACUCAGGAGCCAGAGAACUGCAGGGACACGACAGCCUGGGUCGAAUGCCUCCCAGCUCCAAACAUCAGCUGUCGGCUCUCUAACGGAACAGAGUUCAAGUUCAGUGGGAAGGAGGUGGGCUUCAACAAAACCAUCUCCUGUAGGAACGUGAGUGGUUAUUCCUACAAAGUAGCUGUGGCUUUAUCUCUGUUUCUGGGCUGGCUCGGAGCAGAUCGCUUCUACCUGGGAUAUCCUGCUCUAGGGCUGCUGAAGUUCUGUACCGUUGGUUUCUGUGGAAUCGGAACUCUGAUUGACUUCAUACUGAUCGCCAUGCAGAUUGUGGGUCCAGCAGAUGGAUCAAACUACAUUGUGGAUUAUUACGGCGCCCGGCUGACCCGCCUCUCCAUCACCAACCAGACCUACAGGAAGCCUCACCUGUCUCUGUGAACACACCGGGACACACCCACGCUCUGAAAGGAACACGGGUCUCUCCACCAGUCAUGUGACGACAGAGGAGCCUGUUGAUGUUGAGGACAUGCUCCUCUGAGAUCAACUUUAUCGACACACUGAAUCUGUACAACAAAGAAAGUUUCAUUUAAGACAAACAGUGAAGGUUGACGUUCACUCAGACGUGAUCUAAAGGCUUUUAAAGGCCCAUUCUGCUGUUUUUUUUCUCUGCCUGUUUUUUUUUUACGAACUGUAAACUUUCACUUUCCUGCUGAUUGUUUUCCAAAUCAUCAGAUUUAAGGUCGAGCUCUUUCUUUCCAGCUACCUUUAGUUUAACUUUUUUUUUUUUUUCCCCUCCUCCUCUGGGAGAUGACGGGAGGCUACAGAUGCUGAUUUUGUCUUUUUAGGUCACAUUGAUCCUCACAUCUGUCCAGCUGUCCACUCCUGUGUUUGUUUAUUUAUUAUGACUUUGUGUAACAUAUUGCAAUGUUGCUGUUGGGUCUUUAAGUUAUGAUGUUUUUCCAUGAAACUUUCUGUUUGUGUUAAUCUACACUGGAUGUCAUUUAUUAAAGGUCACCAGUGGUUGUUGACA